AUUUUUUAUUAAGUCUAUGGAUCUGUAAUUUGAGGUUCGAAGAUUUUCAUACAUAUGAAAAAGGUUUUCUACGUUUUUUUAUCUUAUUUGAUGGAAAAAUGGAUAAUUUAUAUAACCAGACCAAUCUGUUAAUAUUACAAACACAACAAACAUUCCGUAGCCUAGAAAAUAAUAUUUCUAAUGCAAUUGAAAUAGAAGAAGAUAUACAGGAAAAAAUUAACUUAAUAAAUAGUAACUGUGAAAAACUAGAUGUUUACCUCUUCAAGAUACCACUUGACCAGAGACAAAAUGUUAAAAUGCGUUGUGAUCAACUGAAAUAUGAUAGCAGGCAUUUACAAGCAGCUCUCGCUGUUGCCAAACAAAAAAGAGCGAGAAGGGAAGCUGCUGCUAAUGAACGAGAGCAACUAUUCCAUAGAAAAUUUGAGCCAAAUCCAGAUGUUACAACUAUAAAUAUGGACUACUCUAUUCAGCACCAAAGCUCUUUACAAAAUUCUCAUAGAGGAAUAGAUGAAAUGUUGAAUACAGGUGUUAAUGCCUUAGAAUCUUUAAGAUCACAAAGGCUCACUCUCAAAGGGGCUCGCACAAAACUUUUAGAUAUGGCAAGUACACUUGGUUUGAGUAAUCAUACCAUAAAAUUGAUUGAAAAAAGAUCAUCAGAAGAUAAGGUGAUUUUAAUCGCAGGAAUGGUCAUAACAGUCAUUAUUGUUGUUUUACUUGUUAUUUAUUUCACAUAAUGGAAAUCAAGAUAUUAAUAUAUUAAUGCAUUUAAAUCAGAGUAUUUUUAUGAAGAAAUUGUAUCUAUGAAAUAUUUUUCAUAAUCAACUUGUUUCUUAUUGUAUAGAAUGAAGUAAAUAUACUUUGUGAAACAUUGA